AUGGUUGUCUUACCUCCUAAUGAAGAGGACGAGGUUCACAAUUCAAACUACAUUCUAUAUUGGAAUUAUGUCGGCCUAGAGCUUAACAGGCUCACACACUCCGUAACCGUUGGCGGGCCACAGAAUGGGCCGCCGAUCAGCGCGCGAGCGCUUGGUAUACUACAUCUGGCGAUCCAUGACGCUUACUUUAUGAUCAAGCCAGGCACGGGGUUUACCACGUACUUGAAUGCUGGCUUACCUGCUGCACAGCACGCGGAUGAUCCGAAAGCGGCAGUGGUAGGGGCUGCGAUAACAGUACUGGAGAAGCUAUACACGCAGCCCCGUGCCGAAGUCUCGCAAAACGCCACUGAUCAACUCAGCCAGCUUCUCAAACAGUGGGUCGACGGAUUUCCGGGUCUGGAUAUCCUUGCGCCGAGCUAUCGGUUCGGUGUUUCCGUUGGCAACGCCAUUCUUGAUUCUCUAGAUAUCAAGCCCAACGAGCCUGGGGCCGAUCAAGGACAAUAUCGACCCCAGGCUGGUAAGUUCCACUUUAGAGAUGACCUGACAAAUCCAGUGAAACUAGUUCCAAUAAACCCAAAUCAACCGGAUGUGAAGAGGGCAGUACAUCAAUACCAUGCGCCGUUCUACGGAAUCACAGCCAAGCGGUUUGCGGUGCAUGAUGACCACAUGGUGGCUGAUCCUCCCGUAGAGGAUGGCAAGACGUCCACCGGCGCUGAAGAAACUGAAUUCUCUGAUGCUUUCCAAGAAGUGAUACGCCUCGGGGGAGCACCGGAGUUGUUUUCAACCUGCCGGCAACCCAAGGACACUGUGGGAGCAUAUUUCUGGGCCUACGACGGUGCAAACCUCAUUGGUACUCCGCCGCGAUUUUACAACCGUAUUCUUCGAACUCUGGCAUGGAAUAACAGACGAGAUGGUCCAACUCAUGAAAACACAAACGCUGAAUUCGCGCGUCUGUUUGCCCUUGCAAAUGUGGCAAUGGCGGAUGCCAGUAUCCUUUGCUGGCGAGAGAAGUAUCACCAUGACUUUUUGCGCCCAAUUUCGGCUGUUCGUGAGGAUACCAACCAGCCGAUGGUAGACCUGUUCUGGCGCCCACUGGGUGCGCCCUCAACAAAUACGGAUAAAAUCUCGUUCACACCACCGUUUCCAGCUUACCCUUCAGGGCAUGCGACAUUUGGUGCGGCGGCCUUCCAAAUUGUGCGACUAUUCUAUAAGAGUAUUGGUGUCACGAAUUUCGAAGCGGACGGUCCUGACGACAUUGCUUUCGACAUCGUAUUGGACGAGCUUGAUGGUGUCAGUCGCGACUUACGACAGACAUACGACCAAACGCAACCGAUAACGAAUCAGCCAGGAACGGUUCGGACAUACGUCAAACGCCGGUUUGAAAGCUUAUGGGAACUUAUAUUCGAGAACGCCAUUAGUCGUGUAUUGCUUGGAGUCCACUGGCGAUUCGAUGCAUUCGCUGCAAAUGACGUACUUGUAUCAUCCACCAGUGAACCGACCUCCAAAACAGAAAAGGAGCCAUGUGAAAUCCGUCACUACAAGAAAGCGUCUGAUAUUAAAUAUGUGACCUCUGGGCCACGCACCGAUCAGUCUGGGAGUUUCCCCAUUGGUGGUGUCCCAUUGGGGCUUGAAAUCGCCAAUGAUAUUUUCCGCAACAAUCUCCAGCCUACGCCAAAAGAAUUGCAGCCUUCUCUCUACAGGAGUCUGGUCGAUUUAGCAAGCCCGAAAACCGCUGAAAAGCACAGGGCGGGGCUAUAA